CAGCCAAUCACACGCGAGCGAGCAGCCGGAGGCUACCAAGUCUGAUGCCAGUGUAGACUGUCCCCUCGGAGCCCCACAUUUAAUAUGUCAUCCUGUUAUUGACUUAACAUUCAAAGUAAAAAUGAGUGACAAGGGAAUAUCGGACGAGGUCGUGGCGGCGGCUUGUAAAGAAGCGGAUCCAAUAACCAAGGACUUCAUGAUGCAGCAGACGAUGCUGCGAGUGAAGGAUCCUCUCAAAUCCUUGGAUUUUUACACCAGAAUCCUCGGCAUGACGCUGCUGCAGAAGUUUGACUUCCCCUCCAUGAAAUUCUCCCUCUUCUUCCUGGGCUACGAGGACAAGAACGAGAUCCCUGCUGACGUGAAGUGCAGGACGUCCUGGACGUUUUCCCGCAGAGCCACCAUCGAGCUGACACAUAACUGGGGGUCCGAGUCUGAUGAAAGUCAGUCGUACCACAAUGGAAACUCGGAUCCACGCGGCUUCGGACACAUCGGCAUCGCCGUUCCCGAUGUCGUCAAAGCGUGCAAAUUGUUUGAAGAGCAAGACGUCACGUUUGUGAAAAAGCCCGACGAUGGUAAAAUGAAAGGUUUGGCCUUCAUUCAGGACCCCGACGGGUACUGGAUCGAGAUCCUAAGCCCCAACAACAUGAUUUCCAUCACCAGCUAAAAUGGAAGGAGAGCGAGAGCAAGACUUUGUGCGUUAGAGAGGGUGACAUCCUGCGGCGCGGUGGGAAAACGCACAAACACGGGACCGUUGUACGAGCACGUAGAUUUGAAAUGUUUGCGUUUGUUCUGGUAACGACUACGCUGGUGGGUGAUGGUGUGGUGCCGUAUUAAGCUGUGUAAUACAUGAGAGCUGCCAUUCACGCGCAA